ACUCCGACUUUCCAGCUCGUCCAGGUAGCAACACGACAGGGCCCUAAGCUUUUGUUUCAUCCAUCUUGGUGCACUGCCAGUGUCAACACGGAACCGCCAUACAGUGAUGCCUCCUGCAAAGUCGCCGGAAGAGGUGGAGCCACUGCUUGAUGCCGACCUUCAAGAAUCAACAUCUACAGGCGAUGCGACACUUUCCGCGCCUCGGUUGAACCAUGACGCGUUGACUGGUUCGGCACAGCACCACAAUGACAGCCACGCCACGAACACGGACUGGUUGGGGUUGAGAAUCGUGACAGCCAUGUUCGCUUUCCUAGUCAUGGGAAUGAUUCAGUCAACGACUGGUGUCAUGAUCCCGCAUCACUACGGCCUUUCAGAUACACUUGUUUCCCUGAUCUUUCUCCUGACGCCUCUGGGUUACUUUGUUGCAGCUUACUUCAAUAGUGUCAUACAUCUGCAGCUGGGCCAACGGGGCAUCGCUGUUAUCGGACCAAUAUGUCAGCUCACCUUCGCAAUCGGUCUCUGCACGCACCCACCGUAUCCAGUUCUGCUUAGUCUCAGCAUUUUCGGGGCGAUAGGAACGGGCCUCCUUGAUGGCUCUUGGUGUGCAUGGGCUGGAGCCAUGGAAAAUGCCAACACGAUCCAAGGAUUCCUCCAUGGGUCCUACUCUGUCGGCGCGAGCUUUGGACCAUUCAUUGCCGGAACCAUGAUUUCCGCUGCCGAAACUCCUUGGUGGCACUUUUACUAUGUCUUGUCCGUAUUUUGCGUUAUUAUGCUGGUCUCGUCGGUCUAUGCGUUUCGCUUUCAAGAUGGUAAAGCAUAUCGUGCAGAGAAGCAUGACGGCACAGAGCAAGACGCUCAUGCCCGUAAGCAAGACGACCUGGCAAUCUUCAAGCACAUUGCGACCUGGAUUUGUGCAGCGUACUUCUUGGCAUACGUUGGUAUUGAGAGCUCCAUUACCGGCUGGAUUGUGGUCUACAUGAUCCGCGCCCGCCACGCAUCAGGUUAUCUGGCAAGCAUCUGCUCCUCCCUCUUCAACAUUGGAAUGGCAGUCGGGCGACUUUCUUUAGGUAUCCUGACUGAUAGACUGGGGGUGAGGCUAGCUAUCAUGAUCUACCUGUCCACUGCGGCCAUUCUACAAGCCUUGUUUGCGCUCGUCGAGCUACCCGCCGUCUCAGCGGCGAUCAUUACUAUUAUCGGCUUUCUGUUGGGGCCGAUGUUUCCUUCUGGAGUAGUUAUGAUCACUCGACUGCUGCCAACACAUUUGCAUGUCGGCGCGGUCUCAUUCGUCGCAGCGUUAGGAGAGGUUGGUGGUGCAUUGCUGCCAUUUGCAUUAGGGGCUAUUGCCGACCGUCUGGGUAUUGGCGCAUUUCAGUACAUCAUUUUGGCUCAACUCAUUGUCACGUUGCUUAUCUGGAUGUGUUUUCCCCGAUUACCGCCAAAGACUGUACUUGUUGACGCCUAUGACGAAUACGGUUCCUUACAGCGGAGCUAAAGAAUAACUUCUUGGCCAAUUGCCGGGUCGAUUACUGAACAGACCGUGCUCCCCACAUGCACAGAACAAAUGAUUGUCCUUCCAACAAAUGACGCAGACCCGCAAAUCGCGAUAGCAAGCCUGAGCACAACGCGUGCAGCAAAGUAAUAUGGACCAAUACCUACCCGUGCGGUCUUAGCGUCCUCACCUUUG